GUCAAAGGCGAAGUAGAGGGGAAGAGACGGUUCAGUUCUGGCAAAUAAAACUAGCUUAUUCCCUUAUGACUAUAUCAGAGUUUGAGAAUUUUAUUGCCAAAGUCUUAGUAUAACAUCUCCACCGUGAUUCCAGUAUGUCUGCGUCCAUGAGAGCCAGUUCAGCGCCAAGUUCAUCGAGGCCAGAGCAAGCACUGGACGCCAGAGUAGCAGAACUGAAUUUUCAAGUCCCAGCAGAGGGCAGAAAUACACAGCCCCCUCCUAUCAACAUCCCAGAUGAACUGCUGGUCAGCCUUACCUCCACUGUCUACAACAGGAGCACACUGGGGCACACUGCACACCAUCGGCACUGCAAGGGCUGUGGAAUCAGACGGCCAGAUGCAGUCUGGCAUCACCCACUUGGACGCAAGAAAUACAAAUACUUUCUAGAGCAGCCAACGUCCCUGACUGGAGCAGGCAGGGAUAUUUCGUUCCUCUGUGAUGCUAUGGUAACUCAGAGGAAGACAACACCCCUCCCACCACUGACUGACAGGAGUGGUAUUGGUGACACACAGAACUUCAGUGUCUCAGAAAGUCUGAUCCCUGAAGAAUAUCACAUUGUUAAAAACAAAGGGCUGCGGAGCCUUGAGUUCUAUGAGGAUGCGUUCACAGUACAGCUGCAAGAUGACGAACAGAAACUACGGAUCUUUCCUUCACUGAGGCCUAGUGGCAGACUUGAAGUGGUCCAGCUGAUGAGGAUGAUGGACGACAUGCUGGAGAAGGCCGGUGUGGAUCAGCAAAAUGAGGAGCUGACUCAGCUCUCCCAGAUGGAGGGUCUGCUGGAGCUGGUGCAAGUUGAGCAGAACAUCUACAACAUUGUUUUCCAUGAACUGAUCAGGCAGGUCAGCGUGGGCUGUGUUGAGCGGGGACAGCUGCUUGCCAAGCUCAGACAGCGCUACCAGUCCUUGCUGGAGCGAAUCCCCCGCCGUCUGAAGGCUCUGCACACGGAGGCAGUGGCACAGCGGGCUCUGGACCGCCGGCUCACUGACGAGAUCCAUCGCAUCAAGACUUCCAUCCAGCAACUCAGCACGGAGCUGUCCAAGAUCAGAGACCAUGAUGCAUUUGUUUCCCAGCAGGCAGAGCGCGCUCACUGGCAGCUGGCUGAGUCGCUCGAUCAGACGCACACCAAUUCUGAUGUGGUCCAGGGUUACCAUGAGCUGUAUGAGCUGCAGAGAGGUCGCCUUGAGGCUCAGCUGCUUCAGAUGACAGAGGAGAGAGACUGUUGGAGCCAGCUCACCUUCUGCCUCGCCCUCAAGGUGAUGAGUGUGAAGAAGCUGCAGCUGGUCAGUCGGCUGCAUGUCUACGAGCAGAGCUGGUUUCAGACAGCAGAGCACUGCCUCCUCUACCUCACUUCAAAGGACACAGAGGACCUAAAUAUCAUCAUGGAGCUUAGUAACUACUGGAAAGAGCAGCUGACUGCUUUCAUGUCCCAGAUGAAGAAGACAGAGCAUGCACAGUUUGAAGAGAUCUUUGCCAUCCAGCAAGGCAUCGCCAAGUGGCUCACCUUCUGCACCACACAGAACAAGUGUCCUGACCCAAAAUGUGAGAAAAUUUCACUGGAAAAGAUUCAUGCUGAUUUAACACAGUGGUCAAAUAUGUUGGCCCUCCAGUGUGAGCGCUACCAAGGUGAGAAGCUGUUCUGCUGCCAGCAGACACUGAGUGAGCUUGGCCGUGUCCAGGAGAGAUGGCUGGAUAAGAGCCUUCAGCUGUUCAGAAGACACUCUUCUCCUGAUGGUGAAACCCCUGGAAGCCAGCUUGGCAGGGUCCUAUCUGAGCUCCUCAAACAGCUGGACACACAAGUCAGUGGAGAGAGUGGGGUCCAUGGACAGAUCACGUCACUGCUCGGCUUCAUGGAGUCCUGGGUUUCCAAGCUCAGUGCAAUGAUUUGCCGGCCAGAAUUGAUGCCUGUGUCUGAUUGGCUAAAGCUAGAGAAGGCACUACACAAAUGGCUGAGUUUUGCUGAAGAAGCCUUACAGAAUGUCUCCAUCACACAGACAGAGAACGAAGGGGACAAAAACAAGUCUGACAUAUAUAUAGAGACAGAGAGUGUGUUAGACAAAGUGCAGAAGUUCAUAACCAGCCUGUCCAACUUCAGUGAUGGUGAGAAUCAGAGACUCAGUGAGGAGGUCACUUCUAUUCACAUGGGUCAGACCCGUUGGAUGUUGGAGCUGUUGGUCCUCAUAGUACCUGACGAUAGUGAGAACCAGGAUCAAGAACCUGAACACCAAUACAUUACAAACAUCUCACCACAGACACUGGAUGAGGAUGCCAAGAUCCUGGCUGAGAAACUUGACUGUUUUUCCAAUUACAUCACCAGCUUUUGUAAGCUGAUUCUGGAGGAGGAGACUUUGCAGAACCCACAUCAAGCUGAGGGUGAAAAUGAGAUGAAUAAGUGCAGAGAGCUGCAGAGGGAAUGCGUUGACUGGAAGGAGACCUGUACAGUCCUGCUCUCAAAGGUGAAAGGGUGUCCUGUGGAGCUGCCUGUCAGACUGCCUGCUGCCACUUCCAGAAGUAAUGACACAGUCUCUCCAGCAGACAGCAGGGAGACUCUGGUGAACAAAGAGAUUUCAGCAGAGCCUACAACAGACAGUGGGGUCACAGAGGUCAAAGAUGAGACUGAGGCAGAAUCAAGAGAUAGCACUACUGAAGGACAUGAAUUACAACAGCAAGAAGUUUGUGAGGGGGAGCCAACAGUUUGUGAGACACCAGUGGUGAAGCUGAUCGGCUAUGAUGGACAUAUUAUACAAAGAAAACUGGGAGAGAGCACUAUCUAUCUGAGUGGGACUGAUGAACUGGUCGUAUCUCCAGCAACAGACGAAGCUCAAAAAGCUUUUAGUGAUCUGGCCACAGUAGGAUUACUGCAGCAGGAACUGCAUGAUUCUGAGCUGCGGGUCCAGGCUGCUGAGCAGCGAGCCCUGAAAGCUGAGGAGGCCCUGCAGGCAGCAUUGGAGAAGAUUCAGGACCUAGAGAGACAACUUCAGGGUCAGCCCAGUCUGGAGCCCAAAAGUAGUGAAGAGAAAAAGAAAACACCACCACCUUCCCCACCAGCAGUAGCACCCCCUGCUCCUCCAAAGAAAACAGCUCCCGAGGCCAAACCAACAAGCAGCACUAAAAGGACCAAGAAACGCUGAUCUGACAUCUAAUUAGAGCAUGUUACGACUCUGUAUGUUUGGGACUGUCCAAUUAAUGUCGAGGGAACUGCUUUUCAAGUCAUUUGUAUGAUUUUAUGUAUUGUGUGUUCACUGUUGGAACAAGACCAGGGAGGAACACAACACCAGCCCAUGUAUUAUCUCACAGGUUUUCAAAUUAGUGUAGCGUACAUGAAUAAAAAAAUAGGAGAAAACUAAAAUGGUCAUUAACCAGUGCUGCCUUAAUAUUCCCAGUAUCAGGAGGUUGUCCUUAUUUAAAUUACAUGGCUGUUGUAUGAAAAUGAACAUCACUUGGUGAUGUUGUCUUAUAUUACGGCUUGCUGUGGCUUUGUUUAACCUCAUAUGUUUUCUGACGCAAUGUAGAAGCAAUUUUAUUUUUGCUUUCUUCCAAAAUUGAAAGUUUCUGCAGAUAUUACAUUUUAAACAGUU